UCAAACCUCAAGCUUGUCAACGUCGUUCUUUUCCCCUAAAUAUGGCUUCAGGCAAGAAAGGAAAGAAAACAAAGGGCAAAACUAUAGCCCUCACGGAAUUUUUGCAAGACACCCCCGGUAGCUUGCCAACUCAACCUGUCAGAAAAUCAACCACUAGCUGGGCUGAUGAAGUCGAUGAAUAUGAUGCAAUUGAUUCAAAAAGCAUCAAUGUUGUGCUGCCUACUGCACCAAAAGCAUCUAGAGAUUACGAUGAUAUCGCCAGCAAAGUUCCCAAAGAAGCACCAUUUAUGGCAUACCUUUCCAACUUGCCCUAUGAUGUAGAUGAAGAAGAUAUUACAGAUUUUUUUAGAAAUUUAAAGAUUGUAAACAUGAGAAUACCUAAAGAUGAACGUUCAGGCGAAACCCCCAAACUAAAAGGUUAUGGUUAUGUGGAAUUUGCAGACAGAGACAGUUUAUUGAGUGCUCUGAUUAUACCAGAUACAAAUUUAAAAAAUCGUAGAAUUAGAAUAGAGGUCGCUACAAAUACAGAAAACGAUAGGCGACGGGGUGGUAGGAUGAUGGGCGAUAGAAUGGGAUCAGCAGAUACUGGGGGUGAUUGGCGCUCUAGUAAUAGGCCCGAACCCUCCGAAGAUAGAAGAGAUAGAGGUGGCUUUAAUAGGGAUAGGGAGGGUGGUUUUAACAGAGACAGGGAGGGUGGUUUUAAUAGGGAUAGAGAAGGUGGUAGUUCUAGUUUUACCAGAGAGGGAAUGAGAGAUCCUGGCAGAGAUAGGGACCAAGGGACUUGGAGGGAUAAUGACAGGUCCAGUAGCUAUAAUGAUAGAUACUAUAGAUGUGGAAACCGAGAAAGAGAUGACCGAGAUGAUAGACGUGGAGGAUUUAAAAGAUUCGAUGAUAAAGACCGAAAUGGAACAUUCACAAGGAGCAACAACAGAGGAGAUCGAGAUGACAGGGAAUCUGAUGCCCCACCUUCUGAACCUCGGCAGCGACCGAAAUUAAAUCUGGCGCCGAGAACGAAACCGUUGGAACAGGUAGUGAAGCCCGAUGCUCCAGCUGUGCCGACGGCAUCGAUAUUUGGUAACGCGAAACCAGUCGACACGGCGGAACGCGAAAGGCAAAUUGAAGAAAAGUUGUUGAAGGAAAAAGAAGAAAGACUGACUGAAAAUGUUAGGGACAGACCUAGGGAAAGCGCCGAUGAUCGAACUGAAGAAAGACCAAUUGAGAGAGGCCGUCCGACUAGACGAGAAGAUCAAGACAGUUACAGAGACAAGGACAUAAAUAAUAAGGAAAGAGGGCCUCCUUCACGGGAGCGAAGGAGAGAUGAAUCGGGGGACGAUAACCGAAGACCACCUGCACAUAGAAGUGAACACAAGUCGCCGGAAAAUAAACGGAAAGUCGAGAAACAGGAGAGACCCAAACAGCGAGAAGAAAAAAAGGAUCGACCUGAAAAGGAUAUGCCCAAAUUCCAAGAACCUGAAGCUCCAAAUUUUCAAGGAAGCAAUAAGUUCGCCGCCCUGCUAGGAGAUGAUGAAGAUGCAGAUUGACGAGUGAAUUAAAGAGAGAAAAAAUCAUCAUGUAAUAUUUUAUACUAAAUUUAAUCAGAAAUUCCCUAUAACUAAAUAUAAGCGAAACAAAAUAUCUAAUUAUAUUUAUUUCGAUUGUUAAAUACGGAAAACUUUGUAUGUGUAUAGUUUUUGUUAAAAUGUUAAGGUUUGUAAUGUGUAAAAAUUACAUAUUUAUUUCAGUAUAA